CUCGGGGGAAGAAAGAACAGGUCUCUAACGUUGUGUGGGAUAAAUACGCCCCCCUGGCCAAGGCAGAGGUGAGGACAGAGCAGGCUGUUUCUGAUGCUACUCCAACGGCUGAAAAAAAGUCAAGGUUUGAGCGUCUGAAGGAAAGGAUGGAAGAAGAGAGGAGAGUUGAGCAUGAGCACUUGAUAAAAAACAUUCAGGAGUUGGAGAUGAGCGUAGAGUGGGAGCAGAAUAAAUAUACAGUCCAAGAGAAAGCUCUAAAGGAGAUGGCCAGAGGGAAUGAGAGGGCAGAGGCAGAAAAAACUGCCCUCCAGGAGAUCAUUCAAAGACUGGUGAAGAAACAGGUGAGGACAGAGGAAGCCUGGGGAAAAGAGCAGGAAGACUGGAACAAGGCCAAAGCCAUGUUUUCAGACCAGUGGUCAAAACUGGAGAAGCUUUGGAAGAGGGAGAAAUCUGCUCUAAUAGAUGAAGCAGAGAGCUUUCAAAAGAUAAUCAAGGAUCUCCAGUGUGCCUCGAAAACAACAGAGGCAGAGAUCAAGAUGGCAGAGACAGAGAAAACUGCACUCCAGGAGACCAUUCAGAGACUGGCAGUGAAAAUUGUCCAGACUGAGAAAGCCCGGGGAAAUGAGCAGAGCGACUGGGCCAAGGACAAGGCCAGGUUAUCAGACCAGAUGCAGGCGAUGGAGAUUGUUUGGAGCUUAAGAGAAGAUGGAUGGGCCAAACAGAUGCGACACAUGGAAGCGGAGAUAGCCCAGAAGAAGAUUCUGAAGGAAAAAGAGGCACAGGUGCACAGCAACAGUGCAUGCCACAUUGGAAUAAGAGGCUACUUGAAGAAUAUAACCAAAAAGUGGAGAGAGAAAAAGGAGAGGGCGAAGGAAGACAAAUAUGGCCUCCCUGCCCUGAUAAGACCAAAUGUCUAAAUAAGAAAGGAGUCAGGAGGGAUUAUACAGUUUCUAUUCAAUUUAAUUUAACGAACAACAUUAAUAAGGCAAUUUGUGUUAUUGGUGGUUCAUUAUUCCUUGAGUUGUUUUCCUUCUACAGUAUAAGUGUUGCUUUUGAUGGCAAACUGUCCUGCUCAACCAUUGAGACAGACAGACAGGUGUCACUGAUCACAUCUAUAAACUAAUAACAACUAACCUAUGUCAGAAACACAGAUACUGUAUUUGCUUAUUCGGCUCUCAUUCAUUUGAGUAUUUUCACUCAGAUGUUCACUCCGAGAGAAUCACAGGAGGUGGGUGAAACCUUAAUUGGGGAGGACGGGCUCAUGGUAGUGGAUGGAGUGGAAUAGGUGGAAUGGAAUCAAAUAACUCAAAUAGAUGGUUUCCAUGUGUUUGACACCAUUCCAUUUGCUCCAUUCCAGACAUUAUUAUGAGCCGUCCUCCCCUCACCAGCCUCCACUGGAUUACAAAGGGUGUCACGAACUGCAGUUGCAAAGGGAUUCAACAUUGUUGGGGAAAUUAUGACACUAGGAAAAAGACAGAAUUGAACUGAACAGUCUGGUAAAAAACGUCAAACAUUGACAGAAAUAAUACAUGUGUGUUUAUAUGUGUACGAAACAUACAUAUGUGUAUAAUAUAGUAUAUGUGCAUAUAAUUUGUGUUUCUAGUAAAGUAUAGUCGUAUAGUAAUACAUUAUAGUAGUACAGUACAGUGUAGUAUAAUAGUAUAGUAGUAUAAUGGUAUAGUAGUAUAGUAGUAUAACAUAGUAUAGAAAUACAUAUACCAUUUGCUUAUAACCAGUGGUUAAAGGGAAACUCCUGCUCUACAAUGAGGAGGAAGCCACUAGCUUCACCAGGAUGUGUCUCGCCUCUCCUGGUUCAAAGUGGUUGAGUUUUGGUUGAACCCCUCAGAGACUGCACUGCUAAUAUACCCAUGGUGACCUGUUUACGUUUAUCAGACCAUGGGCAGGCCCUGGUGUUUGUGUGUGUGUGGUGUGGUAUGUGUGUGUGUCUGUGUGUGCAUGCGUAUGUCUGAUUGUGGUCCAGAUGUGGCUUCUCUGUUCCCUGUGGACAUGGAGGAUGACAGAGAGGUCAAGUAGACCCUUUCACUGGGUGAGAUAUAGCACUAUGGGAAAGAGGAGAAGGUGGCAGUGUGUGUGUGCGUGUAUGCACAUGUGUGUGUGUUAUUAUGUGUGUAUAUCAGAGGCUCGUACUGUAAGUUAUUAAGUUAGUAUCUCUCCAACACAAUAGCAAUGAAGCACAGGCAACUGUCUGCAUUAUGUUAAAUCAUGUGGAAGUUGGUUAUAAAAUAGUAAAAGUAAUCAAUAAAGAGCUGUUUACAUAUUCUUCUUCUUCCAGAGAGGUGAGAUAAAGGGAGGGGGAGAUAAAGAGAGGGGAGAUAAAGAGAGGGCGAGAUAAAGAGAGGGCGAGAUAAAGAGAGGGCGAGAUAAAGAGAGGGGGAGAUAAAGAGAGGGGGAGAUAAAGAGAGGGCGAGAUAAAGAGAGGGGGAGAUAAAGAGAGGGGGAGAUAAAGAAC